AUCCGUUUGGGGGUAAUGCUCUCCCAAUGGCCACUGAGUGGGCGUGUUGUUGGGCCCCGGGGUUGCGGGCGUUUCGGUGGCGCCACCACGGCGGUAUCGGGUCCAACUCGAAUAAGGCAGCCGCGCUCAGGGGCCCAGUUCAGCAGCCAGGAUCAACCUGGGGACUGUAGUAUGGAACUGGAGGCUGUGCUGAAGGAGCGGACCGCCUCGCCCGGUGAUCCUGGCCGUAUGCUGGGAGCAUGGGUCCGGCGUGGCUGGUCAGCAAGUGGCCCCAGUACAGACACAGAGGUGGGCGGAGGAGUGGUGAUGAACUCAUCCACACUGGAAUCUACAACUAGCCGGUCUAGGGAGUUGGGGCCUAAAGACAAAGAUCCAGAAUACGAAACGCUACCCGAGGGAUCCACCGUCACUACGCACAUGUUGGCAGGAGCCGUGGCCGGGAUUAUGGAGCACUGUCUGAUGUAUCCUAUAGACUGUGUCAAGACCCGUAUGCAGAGUUUGCAGCCAGAUCCUGCUGCCCGUUACCGCAACGUGAUGGAAGCCCUGGGGAAAAUCAUCCGCACAGAAGGAUUAUGGAGGCCAAUGCGAGGAAUGAAUGUUACAGCAACAGGAGCAGGCCCUGCUCACGCCUUGUAUUUUGCUUGCUAUGAAAAAUUAAAAAAGACGUUGAGUGACGUAAUCCGCCCUGGGGGCAAUAGCCAUAUCGCUAAUGGAGCAGCUGGGUGCGUUGCAACACUUUUACAUGAUGCAGCUAUGAAUCCUGCUGAAGUGGUCAAGCAGAGAAUGCAGAUGUACAAUUCUCCGUACCGGCGAGUGACUGACUGUAUGAGGGCUGUGUGGCAGAAUGAGGGCGCUGGUGCCUUUUACCGAAGCUACACAACACAACUGACUAUGAAUAUCCCAUUCCAGGCGAUUCACUUCAUGACUUAUGAGUAUCUGCAGGAGCUUCUAAAUCCUCACAGACAAUACAAUCCAACUUCACACAUGGUCUCUGGGGCCUGUGCAGGGGCUGUGGCUGCUGCUGUCACUACACCACUAGACGUUUGUAAAACCCUGCUCAACACACAGGAAUGCCUGGCCUUGAAUUCUCACAAUAUCAGUGGACAUAUCACAGGCAUGGCUAAUGCCUUCAGGACGGUUUACCAAGUAGGUGGUUUCACUGCCUACUUUCGAGGAGUUCAGGCCAGGGUGAUCUAUCAGAUGCCCUCCACAGCCAUUGCAUGGUCUGUGUAUGAAUUCUUCAAAUACAUCAUCACCAAAAGACAGGAAGAGAGGAGGGCAGGGCACUAAAGCCCAAUACCAAAGCACGUCUUGUAGAGCUGCUCCAGGCACGGUUAAUCUGUUCCCAGCCUGCAUAAUGCCUUUUAACAUUUUAAUGUACUUUUUCAUGCUUUGAGCGGAGGGUCCAACCUCUAGCAGUGUACCAAUAUAACACAGAACAAAUACUUUUAGUUUCUAAUCAAUUAUGGCAUCUUGCUGUAUAAUGUCAGAGUAUGCUUGAACACAGGUUUCAUUCCAAAGCACUACCAUCAUUUUCUAGUUCUCCAGUAUACUUGCUACGGAGUACAUAGACUGAGAAGAGUGUGUGUAUGCUUGGUUACACAGCCUUAUCAAGAAUGGCACCUUUUAUAAGAGAAGCAUUCUAGUCAUGUUCAUUAUAUUAACACAACACUGUUCAAUACAUAAACACAAAUUGCUUAAUAUUGAUAUUAAAUAUAUCCCACUCAGUGAGAUAGAUGUUCAAAAUAUUUCUGAGAAGCUGUUUACAAGAGGCACCUUCUCCUUACUUGGGGUUUAGGCUGGAAAUAGAGUUUAACUUUGUCUGGAGUUUACCAUCUAUGUGCUGUACUUUCAUUUGUGCUUCUGUCUCAAAAGGUGUGUUUUAUUACAGCAGUUCCCAAAAGGGGGAGGUGGAAAAGGGAUGCUGCCCAUUUCUACCCUUGCUCUCAAAAACGUUUACCAUUGGUAACUAAUUACAGUGUCUUUACCAAAGUCUAUUGGUAGUCUUUGUUCUAAGACCUAAAACAAUUAGUCACCAAGGCCGUUGUCAGCACGCACAUGUUAAACGCACUUAGGCCAGCUUGGUGGCUGGAAUUUUUUUUUUCUUAAUCCUAAGAAUUGGGGUGGGAAAUAUAUACAUAAAAUAUAUUUUUUUGGCCCAAUCCACCACCCUGUACUAUUUCCUAUGGCUUCUUGUUUUCUCCAUGUUGCCAAUUUUUUGUAAAUCAAAAUGUACCAGGAAGAGGCCACAUAAAUAAGCUGCUAAUAAAAAAGCACUCUAAGGGAGAGGCAUGGUUUGGUUGCUGCUUUUCUGUCUGUAAAACUAAAGUGUCUCAGGAAAACUAAUCAUACUUUAAUAAUAAAGUCUGGACCAGGAUAUCAAACACAUGUCUCGUAAGUUGAUGGGAGACUUGGUCAGCAUAUAUAGUUAGUGGUGGAGAAGGUAUGAUAAAGGGAUGGCAUGGUGUUAUUUUUAUGGCUUAAUUCAAAUGUUUCUGGGACAAAGUCUUAACCUGAAUUUUACACUCCUGGCUGUUUUUAUUGCUGGCCAAGCUGUAUUUACAGUUGCCCUGUUUUGCCCGCAGCAUGGUACAUAUUUGUAGGUUUGUCUGAUCAAAGUAUAUAAGUAUGUAGAUCCAUCACUUGCGCACCUUGUAAGGCUGAAUGUAUGCAAGUAUCUUAUAAAAACCCCCACAAAUGUUCUAACAGCUAGACUUUAAAAGAUGUCUACGGGACCGUUCCAGCCUUUUUCCCUAUAGUGUAUUUGCUGCAAGAUUAAACAGUGGUUAUGGAAAAGUAAGCACUAUUGUGUUGUAUACAGUCCUUUCACACGCAAGCUAAUUUUCAUUCUGCAUUCACUGUGCAGAUAUGUUUUUAUGUAAAGUUGCUAUAUCAAAUCUGACCAGUGUUCUCAAAGUACCAUUUAACCUUUCUUUGGUUUGUUUUUCUCAUUUAUCUUACUGCCUAUUUAAUGAUGUCACUCAAUUUCUCUGGUCCAAGUACUGAUGUCAAACUGAGGCACUAAUUGCUUUGGGUGGCUGCAAUGCAAAUACUAUCAACCCAAAAAGUUUCUCUUUAGUAUGCUUUUAAUUUGUGUCCCUGUUUUUGGAAGGUAGAUCAGAUGGGAAUAAAAUUCCAGGAAGUGAUA